AUGAAGAUUUAUGAAGAUUUUAAGGAAAAAUAUGCUUUUUUUUUAGUUUAAAAAGAAGAAUUUGAUGAAGCUGCGGUAAUUUUUUGGGAGAUUUUAAACGAUGAUGGUUUUGCAAAUGAAUUAACUAGUGUUUGGAAAGUUUGGAUUGAAAGUCUGCUUUCCGAAGGAUUCGCUAAUGAUGCUAUGAUGGUUAUUAAGUAGUGUCUAUUUGGAAAUACUAAUAAAAGGGUGAUUCAUAAUAUUUCUUUGUGGGAACUAUAUAUAGAUUUGGAAAAAUCUUUUGGCACUUUUGAUACUUUAAAAUUGGCUUAUUAGAAAAUGCUAGAUUUGAAAAUUAUUACACCUUUUGUAUUACUUAAUUAUGCUUAAUUACUUUAAAAUUAUAGGUUUUAUGAAGACGCUUUUAAAGUUUUUGAAGCUGGUGUUUAGAAAGCGAAAAUUUUUUAUUUCAUGUAUGCCGAUUUUGAAGAAAAGUAUGGACUUUUAAAUCAUAUGUUCGAAAUAUAUGAUAGAAUGAUUGUAAAUGUUUAAUAAUAAGAUUAGAUAGACGCUUAUAAUUUAUAUAUUUCAAAAGUUGCUGAACAUUUAGGAGUUACUAAAACUAGGCCUAUUUUCGAAAAUGCUAUUAACAAUUUUGAAAUAGAACAAAAUGUUGUUAAUAUAGGAUUAAGAUUUGCUAAUUUAGAAAGAAAGUUUGGUGAAAUUGAUAGAGUAAGAGCUAUUUAUAUACAUGUUAGUUAAUUUGCUGAUCCUAGAGGUGAUCCAUUAAGAUUAUGGGGCAUUUGGGAAGAUUUUGAAAGACAUCAUGGAAAUUCAGAUACAUAUAAAGAAUAUUUAAGAAUAAAAAGAAGUGUUUUACAUAAAUUUAGUAUUUUACCACCAGAUGUAAAAAGAAUAAAAGAAUUAGUAGAUGCAGGAGAAUUAUGA